AUGGGGCUGCUGGUGCUGGCCCUGGCCACCUGGCUGGGGCUGGCCUCAGCCUCUGAGGAGGUGACCAACAGUAGCCGGAUCUGCCAGGAGGCACCGGAGUGGAGCAUCAACGGGUCGAGCCCCAUGGCUGGGGCGGCGGGGCAGGUGACAGUGGUGGCCCUGCUGAAGGCCAGCUGACACUUCUGCCUGCAGCAGGCCCGCAGCCUCGGGGGCCUGCGGGAGAAGCUGUCCCGGCAGGGCACGCUCCACGUCCGCUACAUGAUCAUCAACGAGAAGGCCCCGCUGUCCCGCGCCAUGCUGGGGGAGCUGCGGCGCCAGGCCCCGCCGGGCGUCCCUGUCCUCCAGCCGGAGCCGGAGGACCCCGAUGUCUGGCAGGUCUUGGGUGGGGACAAGGACGACUUCCUCAUCUACGACCGGUGCGGCCGCCUGGCCUUCCACAUCCAGCUGCCAUACAGCUUCCUCCACUUCCCCUACGUGGAGUCGGCCAUCCGCUUCACCCACGGCAAGGACUUCUGCGGGAACUGCUCCCUCUACCCCAACACCACCUGGGAGGCUAACAGUACCAUGGAGGUCCCUGUAACCCCAAGUCCGCUUCCCAAACAAGAGGAGAAGGAGUCAGAGGCCCCCAUCCACCGCCACAACCCCCUCCAUCCUCACCACCACCACGAGAUCAGCAGCGAGAGAGCUGCAGACGCGAGGGGGGACCCCAAACCUGCCACCCGUGUUCAUCGCCACCACGGAGACCGUGGGCAGCCUCAUCAUGGGGGGAAGGAGCAGGAGGAGGGCAAUGAGCAUUAA